AGUCAAAUCUGUGCCGUGGUUUCUGCUCGCGUGGUGUGUGCAGACCCCGCAACCUGACUCUGAUCUCACCGUGAUGACUCGGCUGAUUAAAUGAAACGUGCAGGAGCGGAAAAAUCCAUCAGGCUCCGGGAUGACCGUUCAGUCGCGCGCAGGUCCGGAGCCCACGUUCCCCGCCCCAUGGAUUUAUCCAGAGGCGGCCGAUCGCCAACAUUUGUGUCGGUUUGUAGAGGAAACAAGCAACUGUGAGUGAUUUUGUGUUAGUGCUGCAUUGUACUGGGUGGGGAGGAGAUCUCAGUGAGCGUGAUACCACUGUGUCUGUGCUCCUGUGAGAAGCUGUCAUGUUCAAGUCCGAUCCCCCUCCGAGCUACGAGGAGUCCAGGCAUGACCAGCUGCGAGCGGGGAUCUGCCCCUACGUGCCCUACGGAAGCCCACCCCCAUCAGGGGUCUACCCAGGAGCCGGGCAGCCUGGCAUGUACCCUCCACCUGGAGCACCGAGCAUGAUGCCAACCUUCUUCCCCUCCGCUGGCUCUCCCACUACGCCAGGAGGCUCAGAGGAUUUUGCAGCUGACGGACUGUGGGAAAGCAAAAGUGUUCGUCACGCUUUUAUCAGAAAGGUGUACCUUAUUUUGGCCAUCCAGCUACUGCUCACCACCUCCAUUGUAGCAGUGUUCACAUUUGUAGAUCCCGUGCGUCUUUUUGUAAUCAAGUAUCCCGGGAUUUAUUGGGCGUCAUUUGCUGUGUACUUUGUGGCCUACAUCAUUCUGGUGUGCUGCGAAGGGCCCCGGAGACGAUUUCCUUGGAAUUUCGUUCUCCUCUUCAUCUUUACUCUGGCCUUGUCCUACAUGACUGGGACGAUAGCAAGUUACUUUGACACCAAGGCGGUGUUCCUGGCACUGGGGAUAACGGCAGUAGUGUGUGUUCUCGUCACACUCUUCUGUUUCCAGACGAAGGUGGACUUCACCUCCUGCACGGGGCUCUUUUGCGUGCUGGCGAUGGUUGUCCUGGUUACAGGCAUCAUAGCAACCGUUGUGCUUUCAUUUCAGUAUGUUCCGUGGCUCCAUAUGCUGUACGCUGCUAUCGGAGCCGUCGUCUACACCCUGUUCCUGGCAUACGACACGCAGCUGCUGCUAGGAAACCGGUCGCACUCCCUUAGCCCAGAGGAGUACGUGUUUGGAGCACUGUCCCUCUACGUGGACGUUGUCCAGAUCUUCCUCUUCCUGCUCCAGAUCACUGGAAGCUCCACAGACUGAGCGCAGACUUCCACCAGAGUACGGCUCCGAUAUGGACAGCAUUCGGAGCGCCGCAGCCUCCUGGUCACGUCUCCCCUGCACCGACUCCACGCAGCUAGUUCUCCCUUUUACAGUCUGUGUGCUGAGUAAACCCCAGAUAGCUUCUGUAAUCACAACCCCUUUAAUUAAACUACCUGAUUGUGUUUAACGUUUAAUUCCUGUACCACUGUUACAUAUCAGCCAUGUUCCAGUUAGCAGUGGAAAGCUGAUCCUGUACAGUUUUUCACAAUCACUUCUCUCUGUGUUGGGGGUGCAAAACUCCACACACUGUUGACUAGACUUGACUCUCAUUCCACACCCAGUACUCAGUCUCAAAGCAUAAGAGUUUCAGGCCAUAUUUUGCUAAGAUUAAGGCAGAAAACACUUUUGGGAUUUGGAGGCAGAAUUGUGACCUGAAGCUGGACAAACACUAAAGACCUUUUCUCUGCACUACUGUAGCAUGUCAUCGGAGACAGCCAGUCAAAAUGUUUCCCAUAAAGAUCGCCACUCAAAGAAAGAGACUGAUGCCUGUAAGAAAGAAUAACGUAUGCACAGGGGCUGUAUAUUUACACAAAGUCGUGUGGAUGGAUGGGUCAUAUCUACAUAAAAGAACUUUCUAGACCUGCUAGUAACUGGUCACCAGUGAAUGAACUGGACAUGAACACACAAAUAAAACACUAACAUAAGGUUGGGGGAAAACACACUAACUUAAGAGACAAGACAUACAAUAACUAAUGUAAUGCAUGCCUCCAUGUUCUCUUAUUCUGGCUUUUGGAUGACUGUAAUUACUCAAAUGUUUUAUUUUCAGAAUAUAAGACUAAGUGAAAUCA